AUGUUCGAGAACUUGUGCGCGCUCCCGGUGGAGCACGACAUCUUUGUGCAGGCGAUCCACCCGGAAGAGCCUAUCAUCGCUGUAGGCUUGGCGAGCGGCCAUGUGCAGACAUACAGGCUGCCCUCGGGCGCAAGCGACGACGACGACAACGAUGAGACGAUCGCGUCCGAGAAAGGCUUCGGCACCAUAGACAGCGUCUGGCACACACGGCGACACAAGGGAAGCUGUCGGACCCUCGGAUACAGCGUCGAUGGCACGUCGCUAUACUCGGCAGGCACAGAUGGCAUCGUCAAGGUCGCAGACUGCAUGACGGGCCAGGUGACGGCUAAGAUUGCUGUACCGCUGGAUCCCGCGAAUGGCGGCAUCGAUGCGCCGACCCUCGUCUACGGUCUCUCUCCGCAAUCCCUCAUCCUCACCACUGACUCGGGCAACCUGCACAUCUACGACAUUAGGAAUCUCAAGGGCGGCGAAAAGGUGUCCCUGAAGCCCGAGAAUACACACCGCCCCCAUGACGACUACGUCUCCUCCCUCACACCUCUACCGCCCACGCAAGCAAGUACUAGCGGUUUUAGCAAGCAAUGGGUCACAACAGGAGGAAGCACACUGGCCGUCACCGAUCUGCGGAGAGGUGUCAUGGUCCGCAGUGAGGACCAGGAAGAAGAGCUGCUCAGCUCGGUCAUUGUGACCGGUCUGCCGAAGAAGGGCUCAAGCGUAGGCGAGAAGGUCAUCGUUGGUGCAGGCGACGGUGUUCUCACACUCUGGGAGCGCGGAGUCUGGGAUGACCAAGACGAGCGCAUCAUUGUCGACCGCUCUAAGGGAGGCGGCGAGAGCCUCGACUCCCUCACUGUCGUACCAGACGGCGUUGGGCCAGGCGGAAAGCACAUCGCCGUAGGACUGGGCAACGGAGACAUUCGCUUUGCUAAGCUCGGCCCAAACAAGGUUGUCGCUGAGCUCAAGCACGACGAGCUGGCCAAGGAGAGCGUCAUUGGUCUGGGUUUCGACGUCACCGGCCGCAUGAUCAGCAGUGGUGGAAAGACCGUCAAAGUCUGGGGCGAGCAGACCUGGCAGGAUGUGGAUGAAGACGACGAGGAGACUACCAACGGCAAGCGAGAUCACGAUAGCGAAGACAGCGACGAUAGCGAUAAGGAUAUGGAUGACAGCAGUGAGGAUGACGAGCCCAAGCAGAAGCGCAAGAGGAGAAAGAAGGGCAAGGCUGGACAGGCUAAAGGUCAUGAUGACUGCAAUUGCUUCUUCUCUGCGCUCUCCAAAACAUCCAUAUUCCAGGCUGCUACCUUGGAAGGACCUGGUGGCGUAGAUGGUCAGCUCGAUGAGAUCGCACAAACUCACAUCCGAGAUUUUGUGGCGCAGAAGAAGUCACAAUGUGGCGAACCACCGCAUGAGCCAACAUCACAGCUCUACCAACCCCUUGGAGAAGGCGAGAUUCGCGUCUUGGAGCUGCAUCCUGGAGAAACCGGAAGCCCCCUACAGGGAACUCUGCACACUGUCAGCAUCGACUUCUCCCAUCCUGCAAGAGAGGAGCAGUAUACCCAGCCCUUCGACAAUCCAGCAAACACGAGUAGACGAACUUUGACCUACACCAGGCAUACGAAUCAUGCUGUCUCACUCGCUACAGGCAAGCCGGUGUGGUUCACCGCACUCAGCUACGUCUGGGGUCCACCGAUUUUCGAAGACACCAUAUCCUUUGAACAUGGAGAGCUGAACAUCUCAGCAAGCCUUGCAGGAGCUUUGAACCACUUGAGAUCGACUGAGCAUAGUGUUGUCUUGUGGACGGAUCAAAUCUGUAUCAAUCAGCCCAACAUCGCUGAGAAGGUGCAACAGAUUCCGUUGAUGGGCAUGAUAUACACCCAUGCUACGAACACACUCAUAUGGCUCGGUGAUGACGGCGGAGAGGAGUCGGCUCUUGCAUUUGAUUUGAUGGAGACCGUGUUCGUGCGGCUACAGGGGACAGAUGCGCAAGUGACGCCAGCGGACUUUGAAAGGCUGAGCUUUCCGCAUAGCCUCGAUCGAGCAUGGUGGGCUGUCCGUCAAGUCCUUCGUCGCCCCUGGUUCGGUAGACUGUGGACCAUCCAGGAAGCGGUACUUUCGAGACAUUUGUUCGUCAAAUGCGGCAAAGUCGAGGUGUGCUGGGACGACUUUGCUGCAUGGUGUCAUGAUCUGGCAGAGACGCAUCUGCUCAGCUGGCUGACUACUAACGCUGAGCUGGAUGAGAAGUACGAAACGAAAGCAAGUGUUAAAACAUUACCGCCACAAGGGGCUGAUGUGGUGAACUCGGUCCAGGCAGAGCGCGUACAUGGCCUGUCAAUCGUUACGAAAGAAACAUUGCUAACAGUUCUGGUUUCUACACGUUAUGCGCAAGCGACAAAUCCCAAAGACAAGAUAUACGGUGUACUGGGUAUAGCUGAUGCCAAUAUCGUACCCGACUACAAUCCCGAUGUUUCUGCGAGAGCGGUAUUUCACGAGGCUUGUCUGACGGAGAUACCUGAUCGCAUUUAUGAACUGCUUAGCUGUGUCGAUCACGACGAGCCGCUUCGACCAACGUGGGUUCCGGAUUGGAGCGCUCCACGUGUUACGGACGUGCUUGGCUAUUCGACGAGAUCUUGGGCUGUAUACUGCGCGGGUGGUAGGCCCGUCACAGGCGCGCAGUCACCUAAGGCUAUCGUGAGCGAGAAUAAGCAAGAGAUCACGGUGAGCGGUAAAGCAUUCGACACCAUCACUAUACUGGGCAGUGUUAGCGAAGACCCAUUCCUGGAUAUCGUCGAUCCGCAGCGGCGCAAUAGUGAUCUAGCAUCCUAUGCUGAGCUUGUUCGGGGCGCUGGUCGAACACACACAUAUCUCUUAUUAGGCACUUCAACCUAUGACGCCUUCCUGCACACACUACUGGCUGGGCGCGAUGGCUCUGGCGUUGCACCGCCUGAUGCAGAUCACAGCGAGGUGUUUGGGCUCAUCCUCGAUGCCACGACAGGCACCUCACUUUCCCUACCUGGUCAGACCAUGAGCCCGCGGCGGCAGAAGGGUCACUUCAACCUCGAUAGUCUCAAGACCAGGAAACCGGCAAAGAUCCUGGAAGACUUGCAAACGGCGUACCGGGCCGCCUUGAAGAUGCGCCGGCUUGCUGUGACCGAGAAGGGCUACUUUGCAUUAGUGCCGAGGGGUGCCCAAGUCGGCGAUGAGCUCGCUGUGUUCGAUAGGGCAUGUGUACCUUUCGUGAUAAGGAAGCAAGAAGUCGGAAGAAUCGCCGAGAAGUUCGAGCUGCUUGGUGAAGCUUAUGUUCACGGCGUUAUGAAGGGCGAAGUAAUGGCUAUGGAAGACAUUGAGCUACAAGACAUCACACUUGCUUGA